UUGAGCACUUCUCAUUCUCGAGCUCUUGAGAUCCCAGCAAUGGCGAUCGCGGCCUCUUCGAGAUUCAGAGGUCCAGUUGAGAUCUAAUCCUCGAGAAGCCCUAAACGGAGAGCAAUGGCGGGCGCCGUCUCGGCGCUGUUCCUCCUCGACAUCAAGGGACGAGUCCUCAUUUGGCGGGACUAUCGCGGCGAUGUCUCUGCCUCUCAGGCGGAGCGCUUCUUCACCAAGCUCAUCGAGAAGGAGGGGGACCCGGGCUCGCAUGAUCCUGUGGUGUAUGACAAUGGCGUGAGCUAUAUGUUCGUGCAGCACAGCAACGUCUUCUUGAUGACAGCCGCCCGUCAGAACUGUAACGCCGUCAGCAUCCUCCUCUUUCUCCAUCGCGUCAUUGAUGUCUUCAAGCAUUACUUUGAGGAAUUGCAGGAGGAAUCAUUGAGGGAUAACUUUGUAGCUGUGUAUGAGUUGCUGGAUGAGAUGAUGGACUUUGGGUAUCCUCAGUACACUGAGGCGAAAAUUCUUAGUGAGUUUAUUAAGACAGAUGCGUAUAGAAUGGAAGUAACACAGAGGCCACCGAUGGCUGUCACAAAUGCAGUGUCAUGGCGUAGUGAAGGAGUGAGAUACAAGAAAAAUGAAGUAUUCUUGGAUGUUGUGGAAAGUGUUAACAUACUUGUCAAUAGCAAUGGACAGAUUAUCCGGUCUGAUGUAGUUGGAGCAUUAAAAAUGAGGACCUACUUAAGUGGGAUGCCUGAGUGUAAGCUAGGGCUAAAUGAUCGAGUGCUUUUGGAGGCUCAAGGUCAGACAACAAAGGGGAAAGCAAUAGAUCUUGAUGACAUUAAGUUUCAUCAGUGUGUGCGUCUAGCUCGUUUUGAAAAUGACCGGACUAUAUCCUUUAUCCCACCUGAUGGGUCAUUUGAUCUCAUGACAUAUAGACUAAAUACACAGGUUAAACCUCUCAUUUGGGUGGAAGCUCAAGUUGAAAGGCACUCAAGAAGUCGCAUAGAGAUAAUGGUAAAAGCUAGAAGCCAAUUUAAGGAAAGAAGCACUGCAACGAAUGUAGAAAUUGAAUUGCCUGUUCCUUCAGAUUCUACCAAUUCAAAUGCCCGUUCCUCAAUGGGAUCUGCAUCAUAUGCACCUGAAAAGGAUGCUUUAGUUUGGAAAAUAAAAUCAUUUCCUGGUGGCAAGGAGUAUAUGUUGAGAGCGGAAUUUAGCCUUCCAAGUAUAACUGCUGAAGAAGCUUCACCUGAGAAAAAGGCUCCUAUUAGGGUUAAGUUUGAGAUUCCAUACUUUACUGUAUCUGGAAUACAGGUUCGCUAUUUGAAAAUCAUUGAGAAAACUGGAUACCAGGCCCUUCCAUGGGUGCGGUACAUUACCAUGGCUGGUGAAUAUGAGUUGAGACUCAUCUAGCUUCGGCAAACACGAAGAAUGCAUGACAAACCAUACAUGAGCACAUGAAAACUAUAAAACUUGCUCAAGCAUAUAGUGUCUUCGGCCAUACUUCUGUCCUGGAAUUGUGGUGCUGCAUAUCAUCGCCACUGGAGCGCAUCCUACUCAUCUUGUUAUUAUAUUUGGUGGUCUUCUCCCACCCACACUGCAAAACAAGCUGGUUUGGUUGAUGAAUGUACAAAAGCCUGAGCCUAAGCAAAGCUAGUGGCUGCAAUGUUAUAUUGUAUGCAUUAAAGAUGUUGCAUUAACGCCUGAAUGAUUUACUAGAAAACAGUCCUCUUUCA